AUGGGAGGCAAGAGGAAGAAAAUCCCGAUGAAGAAGAUUGAGAAGAAAGAGUCACGAGCCGUUGCUUUCUCCAAACGCCGUACUGGUCUUUACCGUAAAGCCUCUAAGCUUUGUCUUCUCUCCGGUGCACAAAUGGCGAUCUUGACGACUCCUUGUUCAUCCAACUCUCACGCCUCUUUCUACUCCUCCGUUGAUGGUGUUGUUGCUGCUUUUCUCAACGAUCAGCACGAGGAUCUUGCUGAAUCAGAGGAUCCAGAGGAGUUGAGGGGUGCGAUCGACUCCAUGUCUAAGUUGUUGAAAAACCUGAAAGAACUGCGUGAUCGUGUGGACUCUGUGAAUCAGAGAGAUCAUCAAGAUGACGUGAAGAACAACAACAUCAAGAAGGAGGAUCUUGUUCUACACGAAACCCUAAAUCUUCAGUCCACUUCUGCAAUAUCAGAUUCUUUACCUAUAGAUCAUUUCAACAAGAUCGCUAAAGAACAGGAUCAGAUCAUGGCUACAGGAAACCUUGGAUGA